AUGGAUUCUCGAGAUUCCGUAUCAUCCGACUCCACUGCUAGAGACGACGACUCCGUCGUUCUCUCUGUCACCUCCGCACUCGCCAAGGACGCUCUCUCUUACUUUCAGUCUGCCAAGUUCGCCGAAUGCAUCGACAUUCUCAAUCAGCUCAAUCACAUGAAACCUCAAGAUCCCAAGAUUCUUCACAAUAUGGCAAUUGCCGAAUACUUCAAGGAUGGUUGCUCCAAUGCCAAGAAACUGCUGGAAUCGCUUAACUAUGUCAAGAAACUGAGUGAAGAACUUGCUGCUGCAGCAAAAGAACAAGUGGAAGCUGCAAAUCCUGGAACUAACGUAUCUGUGUCAAAGGAUCAGUUUGAUAGUACAGUAACAACUCUUAAUAUUGCGGUUAUCUGGUAUCAUCUGCAUGAGUAUACAAAAACUUUAUCCAUUCUAGAACCUUUGUAUCAAAAUAUUGAGCCGCUAGACCAGACAAUUGCGCUUCAGAUCUGCUUCUUGUUGCUGGAUACUGUGCGGCCUUGUCGUGAUGCUGUGAAAUUUUUUACUGUAUUUGACUAUAUGGAAAAAGCUUUUGGUGGUGGUUUUGGAAGUCAAGAAGAAAAUGGAAGCACAAUGCAACUUUCUUCAAAUCAGGUAUCAAAAACAUCCUCUCUUCUGAGCAGCUCGGUUGCCUCAGAUACUUUGCAGUCGGAUUUAACAGCCGCUGAAAGUAGUUUGUGUGAGGAAACCCUAGACUAUGACAAUGUUCUAGCGGAAAUUGCGGCGGAGAAACGAAUGAAGUCUGUUGGCCCUAUUCCAGCAAACAAUCUGCUCAAGACAUUAAGUGAAAGGUCGAUCUUGAGUGUUGAUCUGAAGCUUGAGUUGCUGCUUUACAAGGUCCGAUUCUUGCUUCUUACCAGAAACUUGAAACUGGCGAAGCGUGAAGUUAAACAUGCAAUGAACAUUGCUCAAAAAAGGGACUCCUCUAUGGCUCUCCACUUGAAAUCUCAGCUUGAGUAUGCUCAUGGGAAUCAUCGAAAGGCGAUAAAGCUUUUGCUGGUCUCUGGUAUUCAGAAAGAUGCAGGGACUUCAGGAAUCUUCAACAACAACCUUGGUUGCAUUUACUAUCAGCUUGGAAAAUACCAAACUUCUGCUGCAUUAUUUUCAAAAGCUCUAAGGAGCUGUUCAUCACUUAGAAAGGAGAAACCGGUGAAGUUGUUUUCUCUCUCACAGGAUAAGUCUUUGUUGAUCACAUACAACUGCGGUGUGCUUUAUUUGGAUUCUGGGAAGCCUAUACUUGCUGCUCAUUGUUUCCAGAAGGCAAGUCUAGUUUUCUGCAGACAACCCCUUAUUUGGCUGCGUAUUGCUGAAUGCUGUUUGAUGGCUUUUCAAAAGGGUCUUUUGGAAGAGGGAAACACUUCUUCGGAUAGAUCAGAAGUCAAAGUCCAUGUGAUUGGGAAAGGGAAGUGGAGACAGCUUCUGAUAGAAGAAAAUGGAUCCGUGGAACUUGCUGUCAGUGCCAAAUGGCCAAAGCUUUCGUUACCACUAGCACGGGUCUGUCUCUCAAACGGUAUAUAUUUGCUCAGCGGGUCUCUCUUAAAUGGCUCUAAAUCAGAUCUUCAGUCGACAUUAUCCUUGGAAAUGAAAGAGACCAAAGAAGCAUCAUCCUCUGAUCAUGGGGAAGCUAACACGAACUCAGACUUAAAAGAGACAAAAGGAGGAAUGAACCAGGCCAUCAUUCAAAACUCCCUCUCAGCUUUCAAGGAUAUCAAUUCUAGAGAAAAUCAGUUGCUCAAACAAGCUCUUCUUGCCAAUAUGGCAUACGUAGAAUUGGAAUUGGAGAAUCCUGUCAAAGCUUUGUCAGCUGCUAAUUCACUCUUGCAACUUCCGAAUUGUUCGAGGAUUUAUGUUUACUUAGGCCAUAUUUAUGCAGCAGAGGCUCUCUGCUUGCUCAACAGACCUGUUGAAGCUGGUGCGCAUUUAUCUCCCUAUCUACUUGGACAGGAUGAUUUUAAACUGCCGUUUGUGCAAGAAGACUUUGACCAAUGGCGGGUGAACAUAAGUUUCGAUUGUGAAGAGACAUGGGAUUCUUCCACAGGAAAUGCCCGGGAUUCUGUUCCCCUUAAGCCGGAAGAAUCUCGUGGAGCACUUUUUGUAGACCUUGCCGCUCUGCUUGCCACUCAAGGACAUUAUGACCAGGCCAAACCUUUGAUAACACACGCAUUAACUAUCUUACAGAACAAUGUACAAGCUAUGGUUACAGCUGUUUACAUUGAUCUGAUGUUGGGUAGACCACAAGAUGCUCUUGCUCGGUUAAAGCAGUGUUCCCGCGUGAGCUUUGUUCCAGGCAGAUUGGACGUGAGAGCCUCGUAG